GCGGUUCUCAGCGCCCCUCAGUACAAGCCGGCUGUGAGCUGAUAAGGACGGAGCUCUUUAUCCGCGACUAGCUCUCUUAUUCUGAACCUAAAACUGAACUAAUGGCGACCAAAACGACCCCGCUCCUCCUCCGGGCUGUGGCGGACCUGACCGAGACUCAGACUCUCAACAUGAUGAGGAGAAACUCCAGCAGAAACACCAUCCGACAUUUGAGCUCUUGUGGUAUCCUAGCAACGCGGCGCGCCAGCUUACCCCUCCCACCCGCAACAUCCCAGGUCGUUCCCACCCGCAACUUUAUUAACCUAACUGCCCCCCUCAUAGCACGACGAAUGGAGUACUCUGAGAGCCGGACUAUUGGUUUCUCAGUGGAGCAGAUAUACAGCAUAGUUGCCAACGUGGACCAAUACCAGCAGUUUGUGCCUUGGUGUAAGAAGUCAAAGGUCACAAAGGGGCGGAACGGGGAUGUGCAGGCACAGCUGGAAAUCGGAUUUCCUCCCAUUGUUGAACGCUACGUGUCCGAGGUUACCGUCAUCCCGAACCACCAAGUCAGAGCAGUGUGUACAGAUGGAUCGCUCUUCAGUCACCUGGAGACACUAUGGCGGUUCACGCCGGCUUCUGGGAAGCAGGGUGAUUCCUGUAACGUGGAGUUCUAUGUGUCCUUUGAAUUUAGGUCCCUGCUCCACUCUCAGCUCGCUACACUGUUUUUUGACGAGGUGGUUAAACAAAUGGUCAAUGCCUUCGAGACGCGAGCGGCCAAACUUUACAGCCCCCAGGCCCGUUUACAGGAGACCACCAAGAGAAGAGCACCCUGAGAACACUGAUCCAGGACGCCCUACAAUAAACAGACUUUUUUGUGUUAAACAAUGGCCAGUUACAACCAGAUCUGUCAGCACUGGAGAUCAAGAAGUUGUUUUUAGUCCUGUCUUGGACAAUGGACUCUAAAUGCUGCUAUUUUCACAAAGCACACACACACACACGUACAUGUACAAACACACAACUACAACUAUUUAUUUCUGUCACAAGAGUUUUAUUAAUGUAUUUACUUGAAUGUAUUUAUCAUUCAUAUAUAUAUAUAUAUAUCAUGUAUAUAUUGUAGAAUUACAGAAGAAUGUAAAAGAAAACAAUUAUUUAUCUAAGCUGUUCCACAGACUUGAAUGGAUCUGAAUGAUUUUUUUUAAAGCAUAGUUGCAUAGUUUUGGGGGGUUUCUUGGCUUUUUAUUUUUUUUUAAAAAAAGGUCCUGUUUUGAAUUUGGUGUAUUCCUUUUAUUUACAUAUUUUUAUAUUUAAACAGACUAAAUAGUUUAGUUCUUGGCCUUGAGAUACGUUAGUAGCACUGUGUAAGUUAGCUGUGUAGCAUGUUUUUGUGCCAGUCAGAUAUUUUUGUUAUUAUUUUGUCAUUAUCUAUUUAUUUUGACCAUAUUAUAUAAAUGUCAUGAGCACUUUCUUUCUUACAUUUUCUUUUAUUUGUUUCAUAAUGAUAAUAAUAAUUACUAUUAUUAUUAAAUGCUGAAUUGCUGAAAUUCUGAAACAUGGCUUAAGUGAGUAAAAAAAUACAAAUUAUGCUAAACUGGUGUGUAAAUAUUUGGGUAUGAGUUGGGGUUUGAACAGGUUUGAAUAAAAGGGAUACUUGUUAUAUGUCUUUUCCAAUACUGUAUUAUGCAAAUCCCUUUAGAAGUGUUUGCACAAGCAUAUCAUGAUGUGAGACAUGUGCACAUGACUAUGGCCUAAAAUAAAUAUAUUUAUAUAUUUUAUACACCCA